AUGGGAGCUAGUAAAAUAUGUACUUCAUACCAUCACAAUUAUUAUUGUAGAAGAAUUCAACCAUACCUUUUAAAAAAUGGAACUAACUUAUUUAUGGAUAAAACCAAAUGUUUCUAUACCAAUGAAAGAUUAUAUAACUUUGGAUUUCAAAAAGUUACAGAAGAAAUAAAAUCAAAACUUGUUUAUAAUUUAUUUAGUAAGGUUUCUAAUAAAUAUGACAUCAUGAAUGAUUUGAUGAGCUUCCGUCUACAUCGAUGUUGGAAAGAUCAAUUUAUAAAAGAAUUAGACUUAUUUUUAAAAUAUCAAUGUUAUAAUACUAAAAAAAAAAAUAUAAAUGAUUCUAUAAAUGUCGAUCCAAAUAAUAAUACCACUAAUGAUGAAAGUAUGAACCAAAAUAUCUCAUCAGAUCAUAAUGAACAAAUAAAAAUUUUAAAUGCACAUAAAUGUAAAAUAUUAGAUUUAGCUGGUGGUACAGGUGAUAUAGCUUUUAGAAUUUUAGAAAGAUAUAAAUAUUUCUUGGAAAAAAUAAAAAUAUUUGAUAAUAAAAAUAAUUAUGAUCGUAUAUCAGAAGAAUUUUAUAAAAAUCCAUUAGUAAAUAUAAUUGUUUGUGAUGUAAAUAAUGAUAUGAUUAAUGUUGGAAUAGAAAGAGCAAAAAAUUUAAACUUAAAUAAAAAUAUAACAUGGCUUGUUGAAAAUGCAGAAGAUCUAAAAUCUAUUGAAGACAAUUCAAUAGAUAUAAUUACCUUAUCAUUUGGUAUACGAAAUUUUACAAAUAUUUCUAAAGCAUUGACUGAAAUGUAUCGUGUUUUAAAACCAGGUGGAAGACUUCUUUGUUUAGAAUUUAGUAAAGUAGAAUGUAAUGCUAUAAAUCUUUUUUAUAAUUUUUAUUUAAAUAAUUAUAUACCAUUACUUGGAAAAUAUAUAGCAAAUAAUGAACAUGCUUACAAAUAUCUUGCUGAAAGUAUACAAACAUUUUUAACUCCCGACGAAUUAUCACAAUUAAUGCAUCAAACUCAAUUUAAAAAUAUUUCAUAUACAACCAUGACCUUUGGAAUUGUUGCAAUUCAUUCUGCCUAUAAAUUAAAUUAA